CAAGUGACCGCGGGACUUCAGUCGAUGGAUUUGUUUACUGGAGCACCGUUAGCACCUUUCGAGGUUGAUGGUGUAUUUGGUGAUCUUGAUGGGUCGGAAACAUCUUCAUUAGUGGCUGAUGCAAGCACUCACAUCAAGAGAGUCAUGUCGAUCCCCCUAGAGGGCAGUUUUUUGUCUUUCGAAGACUCACUAACUGAUCUUGUUGGGAAUUUUGAUGAAAAAAUAUAUCACUGCUUUGAGAACUUUGAUAUAGAGCCUGAAAAUGCAAAACCACGUCACGCAACGACUAGUGUCGCUACAUUGAGUGAUGUCAAGCGAUGGUGGGCGGCUGCCACUACGGAGUUUGCACCUAAUGGAUCCUACCCACUUGAAACCCUACCGAGUGAUAUUAAUUUAUAUGAUUUGAACCAAUUCGAGCUUGCAGAUGCAGACGGAAUAACAGAGGAUGAUAUUAUUAAACCAAACUUGCUGCACACGAACAAAGCCUUGCAUUAUUCAAAUGAAUCUAUCUGUUCAGCACGGGGUACUGUUACAACUUUAUCUGUAUCAUCUACAUCAGCUAGUCCUCGUUCAUUAACACUUGAUCGAAUGUCUCCAAGUGAAUGCAUUCAGGCUUCAAAAAUUGGAAAUUCAAAUAUUGAUAACAAAGUUAAUGGGAUUCAUUUUGAAGGAAAUCACAAUGAUCGAAUUAUUCUUGAAAUAUUUCAAUCCCACCAUCCCUCUCUUCCUUUAAAAAGAACUCAAAACUGGAUAGAUGAUCUCCAAAAUUUACCACUCAGUGUCUUAAAACUUUAUGUUCAAGAGAUGAAUAACGGCAUUAUGCAGUUGUCGGAUUGUUUAGUUGAUUCGCUGGCGGAACGAGAUGAACUUUUAAUGCUACGCGAAGCUAGUGAUGACUUUAUUGUGCUACUUAGUUUGGUUCACGAGAGAAAAACCCGUGCGUCUAAAGCAGCUCUAUUGGCCACAGCGAAAAAUCUAAUUCGUUCCAAAACUCUAUUUCGUGUUUCCACUCCAUGGUUUACUAAGAGAUCUGACAUGUCAGCUUCCAGCACAUUGUCACUAAUUGGAUCGUCACAUUUGGGGAAACCAGUGACUACAAAACCGGUUAGAAAUGAAUCACUCACAAAUGUUCCAGUUAAUUCAGUCCAUUUAGAUUUGGAAAACAAUUCGGUUGCUUAUGUUGCAUCCCUUAAUUUGCACUCAAAAUUAAGGCGACCUAGAACGCAAGCCAUACCUCAUAUUCAUUUAAACAAUCAUAUAAAUGCUAAGAACAAGUCAAAUUCACCGCCUACUUCAGUCAGUUCUAAACCUGUAGGUGGAUCGGAAUCUUCAGAACCUGUUGGUGUGUCAUCAGAGAGCAUAGCGUCGAUACCGGUCAAACAAGCAAAAAUUCGCUAUGAAGCCCUUGUGAAUAUGUGUAACUCUACAAACUGGCCGAAUGGCAAUCCUCAAGAAAGUCGAUCAUUACUUUUACGUUUACCAUAUCGAAUUCAACCCGGUGUCGGUAUUUCAAUGCAAGAUCUACGUCUACUAAAUCAAAUUCUCUAUGCUACUGUUCUGGAAAAUCCAAAAAUAGAAAAAUUACUUGAUAGCUACAUAAUGAAUGUUACCAAUGCCAACGGUGUUGCUGACUGGGUGAAAGCGGUUGAACCUCCAAGAUGUCAUGAAUCACAAACAUUGAAGAUGACAUCGUGCCAGGAACGAAAUCAUCAUCAUAUGCCAACAUCAAUAGAAACGCAAUGUGCUUAAAAGUCUUUCAUCUGUGUUUUCGUUAUCUCUUUCCUCUUGCUUCCAUUUUAUUUUCUAAAAAAGUAUAUAUUGCUUUUGCAAAUUCUACUUACUCUCAACGCUCGGUGUGAAUUUGUUUCUUUCUCGGCAUCAGUAAAUACAAGAUAUUUGACCGUAACCAGUUAACAUUUAUUACCCACCAGAAUAUGCAUUUUGUUUUCUAAUAAGUUAAUUUAUUUUAUAUAUUUGCCAUUUUCUUUUUUGCUCUGGCUUUACUUUAACUUGUGCAAUAAUUUGAUUAUAAUUUCAGCUAUUUUUGAGUUUUUUUUCCCCUUUUCAUCUAAGCUAAUAAUGUGCCAUUUAUGUGUAAUGUGUUAGAUUCCAAAGGUACCGUUUUAUCUCUUAAUACUGUUAUAUUUUGAUUUUUUCCCGCCCCCUUCUCGUAAUCACCUGUCGUGUAUACACUGUUCCUCUAACCUUCUGUCGAAAUAUUGACUUGGUUUUCGUUUUCCAAUUGAUUUAUAAAAGUUGGAAAUACGAAACAGCUGAUUGAUUGCUAUAAUUUUGAUAAUUUGCGCUCACAGUUUACUUCACUUCACUAAUAUUAAUUUUUAUUGUUCCUAUUUUUGUCCAUUAAUUGACUUUUUUGUCUGAAUGUCAUUCACUAGAACUCAUGAUAUGUCUGUUGUUUUACUUUAUUGCGCACUUAUCACUGAAAUGUUUUCUGUAACAAUCGCAAUCGCUAAAUGUUUAAGAUAUGUAACUUUGCAUAAUAAAAUAUUUUCAAUGGCUUCAUUGUC